AGUAAACUGAUUGAGAAACGUCUCCUCACACGUGACUGUUGAUUUGUCAAGCGAUGGCGCUAGAGAAGCGCGCUGAUUCUGCCCUAUGACGUAAUUGAUUCGAAGUUCUGCUUUAGAUUUACUCUCAGUAAUAUCUGUGCGUCCUGCAAAUAAUUCAUAUAGCUAAUAUUCCAGUUUAAACUGAAUGUCCUUUUUAGUCCGUCGAUAUUUAUUAUUAAAAAGAAAUCAGUAGGUGUUUUUUUUAGCGUUUUGUGUCGCUGAAAACGACAUUUUUUUUCGUGAAGAACAUACGCUCGCUGAAAACAGGAUGAAAACAGAGGUGUCAGCCGCUGCUACAUUCAUCAGCGGUUUACUGAGCAGCAGCGUCUCUCUCACUGGAGACCAGCUGCAGCUCUUCACUCACUCACUCACUGAUGCGCUUCUAGAGCACUAUCGGCACCAUUGGUUUCCUCAUGCUCCCUGCAGAGGCUCUGGCUACAGAUGUUUACGGAUCAACCGUAAAAUGGACCCUCUCAUAGGAAAAGCAGCCUCUGCUGUUGGACUUACACAAGAGCAGCUUUUCUCAUCACUUCCAAUAGAGCUGACCCUGUGGGUGGACCCUUCCGAGGUGUCCUAUCGGAUUGGUGAGGAUGGAUCCAUCUGUUCUCUCUACAAGUCCUCAGUGAUACGGCCUAAAAGUGCCUCCUCAGCAGAUACGUCAGCCCACAGGAAGGAGAAACUGAAAACCAGACGAUUGAAUUGAUUAAAAGGGUUCAACAUAAA